UGUUCCAGGCAUAUAUCACAAGCACCGGGCUGGGCUGCUCAGUGCCUGCUAGACCUCGAGAAGAGUUAGGACCUCCGGAGGCGCUCUCCGAGUUUCAUACUCUUGUCUCGCGAUCGUUUGGCACACUGCAAGCGCUACAUGGGCAAUCUGCUUUGUAAGUUUCGUCCCCCGCCCCGCCGCCGUCCCCUGCCAGGCCGAUGUCGCCCGCUGGUCUCUCCUGCCUGCUCAGCCUCCCAUCCUGUCCGGCACCACCCAGCUGCUCCGCCUGCUCCCGCACUUUCCCACUGCCCUGGGCACAGGCCAUUCCACCGGGAUCGUAGGCCUUUACCAGCUAGCUUUCAUGUGGAGCCCAAGAGACGGUAUCCGCUCCCUCAGGCCCUGUGUUCCCCUGUGGGCCUCCUCCCCUCGGUGAACUGGAGGCACCCUCCGAAAAAACCUGUACUGUCCGCCCGUACUUCCAUGAUGUUCGGACCCUCGAGAACUGUGAGGAUCCCUCCACCCCGGCAGAAAUUCACUGUCCUGCCUUCGCCACCCGAGCAGACAGUCGAGGCUGCGAAGCCGAAACCAUCUAGUUCCCUCCCCCGUUCCUGCCCAAAGGGGUUGGGGGAGAAGGUCCAAGAAGUGCCCAGAGAAGGGAAGGAAGAUUUUGGAGAGACCAGAGGGCAGGAUGAUGGCAACAGGGCCCCCCACAGCAGUGGGGAUAUACUGUUGACAUCCAGGCCCCUGGAGACCGGUGGACUGCUCCGAUCAGACCAAUGCAGCCCUGCACCUGGGGACCAAUCUCCCAGUCCCUCAGGAGACAGCUUGGGGGGAAACACUCAGAUACCUCGGGUGAGCUCCCCCUCGCCCCCAACAGAAAGACCUGUUGUCACCUCAGAGGGCCCAGCUGGUGACGUUGUUCCUCUUCGGAAGCCUGAUACAGAGGCAGCAGUGCUCUCCGACCCAACCCCAAGCUGCCCCUUGCUGCAGGGGAGAUUAACAAGGGAAGGGGUGGCUGAAAACCAUCAGCCUAGCCACAGCACACAAGACCUAUCCAGGAAGGUCAGAGAGGCGGCGGAUAAGCCUUCAGGCAUGCCAUCAGAGUACUCUUUGCCACCAGUAUCUGCCGCCAGUAGGCCCUCCAAGAGGAAAAUAUCCAUGCCACUUUUUGUGCCUCUGCCAUCAGCAAUGCCAUUACAGUGGGGCAGAGGAGAGUUGCCCCCACCUCCUAAGCUUCCUUGCAUAGCUAUUGACAAAAUCCUGGGCAUUUCGGACAAUACCGAGGGUCAGGGGAAGAGGAUCUUGGAGGGCGGAGCAGAGAUCCUGGCAGACGACGGGGCCACUCAACCUGCCCCUUCAUCCCCCCUACUUGCCUCAAAGACUACAGACUCCCUGCCCCCGGCCAUUCACACAUCACAGGUCCCUGUUCCUACCACCGACUUGGCUGACCAAUCUGCCAGGCCCCCAAUCCCAUCUGUCCCUCCACCCUCCCCAACAGAAAAUACUGAUCAGGAAACAGGACAUGGAGCUCCCAACUCUCCUACUCUUGCUGUUCCUCCUGGCUCUCCUCCCCCUGGGGAAAUUCCACUUAAGAACAAAGACCCUCUUCAACCAGUCAUCAAUACAACACCUACUUCUGACCCCCCGACUCCUCCUAACACCUCAACCGUCUCAUCACAGCUGCCCUCCUGCAAAGGAGAAUCCCCAAGUCCUAUGUGUGUCGACUCCCCCACUCUUUUCCCACCCACCCCUCUUCCAGUCCCUUCCCCAAACAGUCCUGGUAUUUUCGUUGUGGCUGUCACAACUCAGCCAGUUUCUUCCGCUGUCACAGCAAAGGCAUCGGCAAAUUUGACGUCUGGCCAUACUUCCAACUCUGAUGUCACUGACAUGGACACGACUCCUCCGUCUCAAGCUAUCACUUUCAGCUCUCCCCCAGGCCCCGGGGUGAGCUCUUCUUCAUCAUCCCAGGGCCAUUGCAAUAGGAUGCCGAAGCACCCUCAAAAGGCUCUUUCCUCUACCAUCCCAUCACAACUGAUGGCCGCCUGCCCCAACAUCACCCCUCAGCCCACACAAGGGACACUUGCUGGGCAACAGCAGACAGCCGUUCUCCCCAGUGCUGGUGUUUCCACUGGCUUACUGGUGAAUCCUGGAACCACCACCGUUCCAGUAGGCAGCACCUCUGCAAACUGCAGCCAUUGCUCUAACCCUGAUGCGAUGGAUACCACACCUCCCUCGCAGGCCGUUGUCUUUCAUUCUCUGCCUCAGCCCAAGGCAAACCACCGGCCAUUCUACAACACACCACCCAGAAUCACCUCUCAGCCCGUAUCUGGGAACCAAAAUGGGCAGCAGUUGGGAAACCAGCUGGGAAAACCAGUAGCCCCAACACGAGCCACAGGCCCAACUGCCUCUAUCGCCCAACCAUCCAAAGAUGGCAGAAAGCAACCGGGUCUUGCAGCCUCUGCAUUUGGCACCACUGUCAAAAAGCAGAAGGCCUUUGGUUCCAAGACGGGUAUUCUCCCCGAUGGCAUAUCUACUGCUAGUGCCCGUGCAGUUGCCGCUGGGAUACGCAGUGCCAGGGUCAGUGGCUCCCUGAUUACACUUUCUACUUUAGCCCCCCAUGUGUCAAUAGGACCUGCAGCCCCCAUGGAUGGUGGGAGCUUUGGGUCUGGUGUGUCUAUCCCAGGCCCCGCUCACUCACAGGUACCCGGAACAUCCAAACUUGGGGCAGGACUGCAGGGGGCACCCAGCACCACUCCUGCUCCUCCUUUUGGUCAGACAACUCCAGCCGUGCCUCAGAACAUUAUGGCUGCUGCUGCAGGAGGGGCAAGUACUGUCACUUUAAACCCGGUUACCUGGGGCCAACCCGUCCAAAAUGUGGGUGGUGCAGUAGUGGGAAACCACAAUACAGUUUCCACUGUUGGAGGCGCUGGUGGGCCCAGUACCCUUAAGUGUACUUCUCCAGGUGGAAAACCAAAAACCAAAAGCCAACGCGCCCAAAGCAGGGGUAGUCCGAUGAUAGGAAAGGACAACACUGCUCCCACCAUCAGAGGCUGCAGCGUGCCCGUUACCUUCGAGUCCAUGCACGGCUCAUCCAAACAACGAAAACCAGGGGUAACCACAAACAACCACAAACAACGAAAACCAGCUUCCACCUCACAAAAGAGAAAUUCGACAUCGAGAGACGUGCAUGUCUCGCCCUUAAAUCCCAGCCCGAGGGGCCGACGUGCCAAAACCGUGGGCAGCACACCUAUCGGAAAGGACAAAGCUGUUCCCACCAUCGCAGCCUCUGGUGUGCCCACGGCACAGAAGCACUCCCAGAGCUCACCCAAACUAAAACACCCCGCUCUAGGUGGAAAAGCCACCGCAAAGGGGAAAAGAAAUGUGUCCCCAAACAUGAGUGUUUCCCCCUCACAGAAAACCGGGGGCUCGCCUAGCCACACGACCACUCUAAUUCCAAGUACAAGCACCAACUCUGUGCUUCAACCCACUACUUGUUCCCUCCUUCCUCCAAGCACCUGUGGCGCACCUGCCCAGAAUACAGGUGGUGUAAAGGAAGGGAACACCGUCAUUUCCAAGACCGGACGAUCUGGUAUUCCUGCUUUACAUCAGGAUAACUCUGGCCCACCCGAUGCAAACACCGGUGGUACAGAUGAAGACGACAUCGUAGCUCUGAUGGCGGCCCUUUAUAUCAGCAAGCGCCCUCAGAAGACUUGCAGACUGCCCUGUGCCACUGACACAGGUGGCGCUAGGGGAAUCAGCACCACAUCUACUAUGACUGGAAACACUAAUGGUCCCCCAUCCACACAGACCACACGGAGCGCCCCCAACCACAGCACUGAUGGUGCAAUGGGGGGUCGCGCCAUGAAAUUUUAG